GCCCGCCACUUGGCCUUAGUCAAUGUGGCUAGAUCAUUGUAUGUUGUCUACAUUUCAUGGUAAAUGCCUCGUUUUACAAUUACUCUCUGAUAGGAAGCCCCUCCCAAAGGCUUUAAUGAAAGGGUCAUCGCCACGUGUACCCAAUUUGGUAAAAAUAAUUGUUUUCUAUGGGUUUAAUUGAAGUAUUUUAAGAUUUUUUUUUCCCUUUUUUUAUGGGUUUCCAAAUCCAGUUGCACGUGCUUUUCCCAUCUGGGUUUUCUUGGCGGAAAUAAAAAAUCACCUUUCUUGGUUCUCUUUCUAUUCAAUUUUUGUAUAUUCACAUGCCUUUAGUACUAGGUAUAGAAUGAGACCUAUAAUUGCUAGCCUGUCUUAUGCACCUGAUACUAUGGUAACCCCUUGUAAUAAGCAAAACUGCUAGUCUACUCGUUAGUGACCAACUUUCCUCUCUUCUUGAUCAAUAGACAAUGGCUACGCUUCAUUCCCUUAGUUCUUUCCACUGCCAAUAUAAGAACUGCGAUGGGAUUCUUGAUUUUAGAUCCAAAAAGUUUCUUAUCAGAAGAUAUGUAGUGAGAUGCGAAGGAAGUUAUCAUGAUCAAGAUUCUUGUAAAGAAAGAGAUGGAAAGAAGAGGCUUAGAAUCUUGAUAGCUGGUGGGGGUAUAGGGGGUUUGGUUUUAGCUUUGGCAGCAAAACACAGAGGAUUUGAUGUGAAGGUGUUUGAGAAAGAUUUGAGUGCAGUGAGAGGGGAAGGUAGGCACAGGGGUCCAAUUCAAUUGUUGAGUAGUGCUUUGGCAGUUUUGCAAGCUAUUGACGAGAAUGUUGCCAGGCAAAUCAUGGAAGCUGGUUGUGUUACUGGUGACAGGAUCAAUGGACUAGCUGAUGGGGUCUCAGGUGAUUGGUAUGUUGCUUGUUUCGCUUAUGACUUGGAAUCAUGGUUUACUAAGUUUGAUCUUUCAACUCCUGCUUUGAAAAAAGGGCUUCCUGUCACUAGAGUAAUAUGUAGAAUGGCACUACAAGACAUAUUACUUAAAGCGGUGGGUUUAGACAUAGUAAGAAAUAAAUCUAAAGUUGUUGAUUUCAUGGAAGAUUCUACCAAGGUCACAGUGAUCCUUGAGGAUGGUAGGCAAUAUGAUGGUGAUGUUUUAGUUGGGGCAGAUGGAAUAUGGUCAAAAGUACGAUCUAAGUUAUUUGGGAAAGAAGACGCGAAAUAUUCAGAUUACACAUGCUAUAGUGGGCUGACAAGCUUUGUUCCACCAUAUAUUGAUACAAUUGGGUAUCGCGUGUUCUUAGGAUUGAACCAGUACUUUGUUGCUUCAGAUGUUGGACAUGGGAAGAUGCAAUGGUAUGCUUUCCAUAAGCAGCCCCCUAGUUAUCCUGAUCCACCAAAAGGUAAGAAGACACAGCUGCUAGAAUUGUUUAGAGACUGGUGCAAUGAAGUGACUGAACUAAUAUCAGAAACACCGGAAGAUGUGAUUUUACGGAGGGAUAUCUAUGAUAGAAAUAUGAUCCACACCUGGGGGAUAGGUCGUGUGACUCUGCUGGGUGAUGCUGCUCAUCCAAUGCAGCCGAAUCUUGGACAAGGCGGUUGCAUGGCAAUUGAGGAUUGUUACCAACUUGUACUUGAGCUUGAAAAUUUUGUCAACAGUGGGUUAGACCUUCAACAGUCUGAUGAGAUCUUCUCAGCACUUAGAAGAUAUGAGAAGAAAAGAAUGUUUCGUGUUAGUACAGUGCAUGCAGCCAGCAGAAUGGCAUCAAAAGUGCUUACUGCUUACCAACCUUACAUAGAGUUUGGAUUUGGAUCUGCUCCUCUAUCUAGUUUAUCAACCAUAAGGAUAACAAAACCAUCGGUUCACUUGGCACGUCUGCUUUUGCAACUUUUCUUGCCACAGUUCAUGACCUGGAUGAUUGCUGGUGAUGGGUUAGGGUGAGAGGGGAAGAGAAGCAAUUGAAAAGUUAAUACAAUCUCUAGAGUUUCACAUGUGGUCAUGUAUAUUAGUUAAAACUAGAUUACUAUAUAAUAUAACAUGCUUUGAUGGAAUCUGAUUGCAGUUAGGUUUCUAAUUUGAAAAUAA